GAACUAAUGACGCUCAGUCAAUGCAUCACAUCGGACCAAUAACGGGAUGCACCAAUAUUCAUACAGUAUGCUUAUGCAGUUCGGUGAUAGUUUUAUAUGAAUUACGUGACUAUAAAAUUUAGGACGAUGUCGUUAACUUAAUAAAAUGAUCUGAUUGUUAUAAGAGUAUCUGAUUGGUUUUAAAUAAAUGCGCGUGUCAUUGGACAGAGGUAUUGAGGUCAGUUGAUCAGUCCUGCUGUCAUUUCAGGAUGUCUGACAUUGACAUACAGUCAAGUCCUUCAACAGAGACAAAUAAGCCUGGAUCAGGUGACAACGGUGCUUUUAAAAAACGACUUGGUAUUAUUGCAACUUGUGUCGUCGGAGGGUCAUUGGUUGCUUUGUAUGCAGUGACUGGACCGUUUGUUGCACCGGCAUUAAGAAAAGUUUGUCUUCCGUUCGUUCCUGCAACCACAACACAAAUUCAAAACGUCAUUAAGGCUUUGCAAAGCCGAUCGGGCUCUCUGGUUGAUAUAGGCAGCGGAGAUGGACGAAUAGUUAUAGCUGCUGCAAAAAGGGGCUUUAAAGCAGUUGGCUUUGAGCUGAACCCAUGGCUGGUCUUGUAUUCCCGUUAUAAAGCCUGGAGGGAAGGUGUUCAUCACAGCACAUCUUUUCAUAUUUCAGACCUAUGGAAGGUCAGUUUUUCAGAAUACUCGAAUGUUGUCAUUUUUGGGGUUCCUCAAAUGAUGGAACAGCUUGAAGUCAAGCUACAAACCGAGCUACAGGGUUCAGCUAAAGUGGUAGCUUGUCGCUUUCCUUUUCCAACUUGGACUCCUGAUGAGGUAGCUGGUGAGGGAAUUGACACGGUGUGGAUUUACGAUGCCAAGACAUUCAAAACUCCCAUCAGGAACGAUAAACACAUUGAAAGAAACGACAUGUCAUAAUACUUCAGCAGUAAUAAACAAGGAUAAGAAGUCUUUUACAACACAUAAACUGACAAGCAUUGUUGUACAUGUCAGCUGACUGUUUUAUGUUUGUUGUCUAUUACUUUGAUUGUGUUCACAUGAUUGUUUGUUUGAGCAAAUAUAAAACAUUUUUAUUCUUAUUUA